AUGCGGCUACAAUGCGAGCAGUCGAACUCCCUUGAGAGCCGACUGAGCAUGCUCCUCUCCCACGCAAACACCACACUGGCUGUAUCUGGAUGUGCAGAACCUACAGUUCUAUGCUGCAAGGGGACAAAUAAUUCUUGCUUUAGAGGAUGUUUUUGUGAUGAAAGCUGUGUGCUUCUAGGGGACUGCUGCCCAGACUACAAUCAAACUUGCAUAAUACAAAUAACCACAACAGUGAUAACCACCACAGUGACUACAGUAACGAGCACCUUUAGUACAAAUCCAACAACAUCUGUGAAUGUUACUACAGACGAAACUACAAAACCAACUCCAACCAGUCAUGAGACGCCUGGUACUACAGUCAGCCCACUAGGUGGCAGCCAGAACCAGACUGAGGAUCCCAAUCUUCAUUCACAAGCGACCCCUGGUACUACAGUCAGCAUAUUAGGUGGAAGCAGCACACAGACUGAAGAUUCUCUUAAGCUUCCACAAGAGACGCCUGGUACUACAGUCAGCCCACUAGGUGGCAGCCAGAACCAGACUGAGGAUCCCAAACUUCAUUCACAAGGUACUCCCCAAGUUACAACAACCACUAUGACUACAGCAAAGAGCAACUCCAGUACUGAAACAACAACAUCAUCUGUGAAUGUUACUACAGACAAAGCUACAAGAACAAUUACAUUCAAAUAUGCGACCCCUGGUACUACAGUCAGCAGAUUAGGUGGAAGCAGCACACAGACUGAAGAUUCCAUGAAGCUUCCACAAGAGACGCCUGGUACUACAGCCAGCCCACUAGGUGGCAGCCAGAACCAGACUGAAGAUCCCAAUCUGCAUUCGCAAGAGGUGAAAAGAAUUAUAACUACUCUGCAGUUGUGUCUACACAAAAAAGCUGGUGGAGAGGCAACCCUGGAAAGCCUGCAAGAUUUAGCUGCUAAAAUGCAAGAGAAGUUACAGAAGGAACUGUGUAAAGGCUGCACACUAAAGAUAUUACAAAUCCAACAAAAAAAGGCCGAUGUCUGAUUGUUCUAUCAUACAUUUAGGGAUGUGAUGUACUGUAAUAGUAUUAACUAAGAUGCUACCUUCUGUAUCUGCAUACUGUUCAAGAUAUUUGUACGUUUCCCACAUUUUUAUUUAAACAGGAGGUAUGUCAUGGAAACAUUGGAUAGCAGUGAAAAAAUGGGACUGCUAGAAAAAUAAUAAAAUUAUAUAACCUUAUCCAACCCCUGAACAAGAUGUGCUGUGGAACCUUUUAAUUUGACUAAGUAAGGAAGAUAUGUUUUAGGAAGGCAAUGUAUUUAAUAACAAUAUAAAUAAAAAAACUAUUAUUUAUCAUUCAAAACCAUACUAUGUAAGAACAUUUUAUUACAUUCACUUUAGAAUUUUUUUUUAUUUGUUUCAUUCCAGAAAGAGUAUAAAAAGUUGCUUAACAACAUUAUACUUUAACCAUUUAGCAAAGUUUACUUUGUGUUGUUUUGAACAUAUGGUAUUACUGAAUUGUUUUCAAAUAAAAAAAAAGCAUCUAUUAAACUAAAUAUUUUUUUUAUGGCAGGUUAUUACUGCAGUUUUAAUUCUAAAAUGUUCCACCUCUAACAUCUCUCUAUAUUUGCAUUUAAUGAUCGUAUAUAUGACUCCAAAGUUUUUUUGUGUGUUUGUGCAUUUUGAGAUUUGUUCAUGUACUUUGGUACAGAUUUCAGAUUGUAUAUAAUUCCGACUGUAAAAAAUAUUGUACUGUUUGUGGAUAAUGGCUGUACAUGUUAUCGAAUUGACCUGGUGAUGGGUUUAGUUGCCAAAUUUGUUAAAUGUGUGUUUUUACUUUGCUUUUGGUUAUUCUGGGAAAAGGGGGAGGCUAUUCAUUUGUUUAUACUCUUUAUGGUUUCAAUUAAAGGUCAAAUAUUGUAGUUACUGUAUGUUGGGUUAUUUGUUUCUUAUUUUGGCCCAGUCUUGCCUAAAGCACUAGUAAAUUUGUGCUACUGUCCUUAUUUACAUCCACAUUUCCCAUCUCACCUUUUCU